UUCGCCCGCCCUCCUCAGGCACCUCCGAGGUCUGCGACGACCGUGAGGGGCGGCGCCGCGGCGGUGUGGCGGCGCGGGCUCCUAGCAACGCGCCAUGGCGGCGGGCGAGCAGCAGAGCCGCGAGUACCUGGAGCGGCACGGGCUGCCCGCGCUGCUGCACCGCCUCGCCGCGCUGCUGCUGUACCGCCGGCCCGAGCGGCCGCGGCAGUUCCUGCUCCAGGCGCUGGAAGCGGUGCGAGCGGCGCGGCGCGGCGAGGCGGCGAUGCCGUCCGUGCUGGACGAGGCGGAUGUGGAGGCCGUGUUCAGGAUGCUGGACGCCGCGGGGCGCGGCUUCGUCACGGGCAGGCAGUGCCGAGCAGUCUGCCGAAGACUUGCUCGGGAACCCCUUUCCUUUUCCUCAGCUCUUACGACGCUGGGGCUGAGCACCGCAGAGCUGCGCGUCGGGGAUGAGGAGGAGAUCGGGCUGGCCACGUUCAAGGAAGAAAUGAUGAAAACGUUGCUGGAAGGCUGGGCUGUGGAGUGAUUUAAGAGUGGUCUGCUCUGUAUAUUAGAAAUAGAACACUCAUUACACCAGGGAUUGAGAAGUGGAAAACAUCUGCACUUAGGUGAGAGCAUGCCAGCUGUCCAUACUGCACACAGCUGCACCUGCAUACAUGCAC